AGUGGACAUUCGGCCGAACGAGACCAUUUCUGGAGCACGCCUGUUCCGGACCAACCAUUUCAGUUUGAUGCCAGCAUGAACCGUGGGAACAAGGCCGUACAGGAUGUCGACGUGGAGACCCUUUCGUAUAGACACGAAAAGCUAUCAAUGAUGGGUAUUUCUCCGCAGCCAAUCUCGCUUUCGCCGGCGUCAUCAUCAACCUCGUCACUGCAACAAUAUCCCGAGUGGGCAGAGCCACCGACUGCGAAACCUAUCCCGCCUAUAUCAGGCCAGCAACCCUUACAGGAGUCGGCGAUAGAAACACCUGUGUUGAGUGAAUCAGGGAACCACAGCCAUGACGCUUCCCCGAACAGUCCUAGCAAGCUAUUGUCGUACUCUGACAUCGUUAAGGUUCCUGCAAAGUCACCUGCGCCCCUACCACCUCUGCCUGCCCCAGACCUGAAGCGAAGAGGAAACACCAACAAGUCUCUGGACGCAAAGGAAUAUCGACUGAACUUGUUCCUUAAGAAUCUUGAGCCGACGAUGAACGAGUACAGGCUUUACGAGAUUUGCGUCAAGUUCGGGCCAGUCAUGUCUUGCCGCACUAUUACGACCAAGCACGGUGUAUGCACUGGUCUUGGCUUUGUAAUGUAUAUCAGCAACGAGAGCGUUGACAUGGCGAUAGAAGGACUGGGCAAGCUAGGUAUUCAUGCCGAGGUUGCUAUACCAUCUGCGACGAACAAACUGCGCUGUAAGACGCUGUCGGAUAUGCUGUUUAUUCAAAAUAUUCCACCUCAUAUCAAAGAGAAUAAGCUAAAGGACUUGUUUAGACCUUAUACUAUUAUGGCGUGCAAUAUCUUGAGAGACCCCAAGACUGGAAAGAGCAGAGGUGUAGGGUUCCUCAAGGUGCGUGAUACCAAGAUUGCUGAACGAUUCAUUGAAGAGUACCAUGGCCGCGUGCUAGGAAAGGACUGGAAGCUGCCAUUGCAAGUCUCUCCUGCAAGAGAGUAGCGAUGUCGCGUGUAUUUCGAGCAAUCAGUGGAACAAAGACCUAAGGAACCAAACUGGAUUCAGGCAAUCGUAGACACAAUAACUGGUGUGUUAUGUACCGACAGUUGUGUCCUCCUUUGUUUUUGUUCAUACUUGUCAUACUUGCCAUACUUGUGCUUGCAUGCAUACUUUUCGAUAUCAUUUGAAUAACAAAAAAAGGGAAUAAAUGCAGCAGAUUAUCUACAUAGUAUGCCUAGCAUGCACUUUCAUAGGUUGAAGCAAAAAUCGAGCCCUU